AUGGCAAAAACAAAGAAAAAACCCACGAAAGAUAAAAAACCAAGCAUACCAAAAAAGAAUACACCUAAAAAACUUAAAAGGCCAGUUUUUAAAUUUGAUAUACAUGAAAUUUUGAAAAAUAGACAAUUAGAAGGAAAGCUUAUGGAACAAACUGCUAAACUCGAAGAAGAGAUGAAAGUUGUUGAUAAAUUGUACCAAGAACAACUAAAUGAGACUAUUGAUUUUGAAGGCAAUGACAUACUUCCUCUUGUAUCAAUACAUUUUAAUCCAGUUGACUGCUGUAAUUAUAAUAUACCCUUUAAAGACAACUCAGAUUCUGAUUUAACCAAAUUGUGUAUACAACGCUUACAAAUUAUGUUAAUUGAAGGAAAUGAACUUGAAGCCAAUAUUCAUUUUAACCAUUUGAUGGGAGCAAAUUGGUCACCGAUAUUUGAUAAUGUCAAAAAUAUAUUAUGCAAUUGGCGAGCAGAUUUGGAUACUGUAACUAGGGAUCCAUCGUUAGAGUAUCAAAUGAAAGAUUUUAAAAACAUUGGACGGCACAAUUUUGAAUUAGUAAUAAAUUUCAUAUCUUUCAGUAUACUGAAAAAUAACAAGAAAUUUAGUGUUGACGAACUGCUAAAAAUAGCCAAGUAUAUUGUUACAAUAUACUUUCACCUUUGUGGACAAAUGAUAAAUGUUUUAAAAAGAUUAUUUAGUGCUUGUAUCGAAACAUCAUUAGAAGAAGACAAUGAUCCCGCUAUUAUAGCAUUUGUUGAAGAAUUGUAUUCAGAACAUAAUGAAGACGAUUUAUUAAUUAUGGCUGUUGAUUUAUUUCUGCCUUUGGAAGGACAAAUAAUGAAAAAAAUGUAUACAUAUUUAACAUACAAACUAUACAUGUCACUUUUAGGAAAGACUGACAAUAAUAAUAUAUUUCCCUCUAGCAUCAAAGAAUGGUUUGUACAAGAUUUGGUAGAUAAAAAUUAUUUCAAAAACAAUCCAAAGAAAGUAUUGUUCAGUGUCAUUCAGUUGUUGGAACAUGCUGUAUUUAUAUUUGAUUUAUACAGUGAAGAAGAAAAACUGGAUACCAUGUAUAACUUUUUGAAUGCUGCUGUCAAACCAAGUGGAUUGUCCGAUUCAAUGAAACUCAUUAAUGUAUUAGACCAAUGGAGGUUGCGGUUAUUCCGUUUGUAUGUCAACCGCCAAGCUGAUGGUAAACUUGUAAAUAAUGGCAUUACUAAUGAAUAA